AUGACGAACUCUAGCGAAGAAAACUCUCCCAUCACGGUCGCACUGAAGGACUCCGAUUACGGAUGCAUCCUCAGAACAAUAGAAGACGGCGCGCUUGCCGAAGCCGCUAUCUUGACGAACGGAUACUCCCAAGAGAUAGACAAGAUCCUUGGAGAUACCGAUUGCAAACAUGCAGCAGCCACCUCGCUUGUGGUGCGCAUAGUUCAAACCACGAAGCUACUGGAAGAUGUAGCCAAUCGUGAUGACCUUAAUGCAGACACGAAGAAACUUGCCAUGUUGCAUUUACAGAGACGAAUCCGAUCAUUGGCGCUCAACCUCCUCCCUUUCAACUUUCAUGAUGUCUUGGACAUAGCCAUGAAGAACGUCGAGAUAAAACCCAAUGUAGAAGAAGAACCUCGCCUGGUGCGCCCGCUGAGAAGAAAGGCGGCCACCAUUGAUCGAACCCGCAAGCCUCUAUGCUUACGCUGCGGAGGAUAUGGACACACAUUCAGAAAGUGUCCCGAUUAUGUUUGCUGCGUAUGCAGUGAACUUGGACCAAACCAUCUAGCGGUCCAUUGCCCUCGACUCAAUGGACAGAUCGUACUCCAAGAGUUCCGAGACGAAGAGAAGUUCUUUGAAGCUCUCUUAGAAUGGGAGAAGAACCAUGUUGCGCUUGAAGAGCUGAUACUCAAGAACCCCGCUCCGCGCUCGCCUUCUUACCCACCAGAAUUACCCUCCAUGUCGGCACCACCCGCGCUCACCGCGACUAUGGAAGAAGAAGAUACUGAAGAUAUUUGA